AUGGCCCUGAAGUGUCGUGAUAUCGUCAUACUGGGCACUGGUGCUUUCAUUGCUUGGGGACUGGCUGUACGCUGCCUACCAUUUUUGCGAUACCUUGGGUAUGCCGUUGGACUAGGCGUUCUGCUAUCUUCAGUCGCCUUCUUGGGUCUUGUACUCUUCACAACCCGGAACUCUAACGAUGCAGACAACUCCCGGCCCCAGUGUCUGCCUAUCGCGUUUCUCACUCCCCCCAACUGGCAAAGUGAAACGCAAGGUCUAAAGAAGCGCUCCAUCUACAACUCCGCCUCCCUCUACCCGCAAUCCUUUAUGGUGUCUGAAGGUAUUGAUGAGCUUCUGGCGCUGGUAACCCGGGAUUUCAUAACGUCAUGGUACCGAGGUAUCAGUCCGAACCCAACGUUUGUGAGUGAGGUAGACCAAGUGAUUCGAGCUGCCAUUGGAAACCUACGCGAUCGGUUACUUGCGGAAGAUCUGAUAUCACUCAUCGUCUCCCGUAUAUUUCCUAUUCUGGCCACACACCUUAAAGAAUUCGACGUUGCCGAACGAUCGGUGCGGGGACGGAAUUUGACUCGAAAUGUCACCGAAUCCGAUGAGCUCGACAUUGCAAUUGCAAGCAAGUACCGCGAUGGCCAUCUACAUCCCGCUGCACAGCUGUCUCUCUCAGAUCAAAAGCUAGUAGAGCAGGAAUACCUUAGGAAAGUUACAGUUGGGCUACUGCCUCGAUUGUUUCCUGAAACCGUUUUAAGCAGUCGUAUCGUUUCCGUUUUGGUGAGGGAGCUACUUUCAUGCGCCGUGCUUUUCCCUAUACUGUCCCUUCUGUCAGAUCCUGACACCUGGAAUCAGUUGGUGGAAGCUUAUGGACGGACAGCUCUUCAGGAUCGCAAAACGGUGCGCAAGCUUCGAGCGGCAUUGGAUGAGCAUGCAUCGCCGGUGCCCAAGUCAAAACAUGGGAAUCCAUUUCCGCGGCUCUCGCCAACUGAUUCAGAAAGGGCUUUUGAGCGUUUUGUUCGGGCCAUCCGGCGUUGUAACAAUCUUUCCGAUGCUAGACGGUUCCGAGCUCUUGUUGCAAGCCAGCUGAAGCGGGAAAGUAUGGUAGAAGGGCAAGAUCCCGUCUACCUUCGGCGAUUAGAGACAGGGAAGAGAGUUCUUGACCAGAAGGUGACGAAACUUUCAGCUCCAGCUAGUAGUCGCGCAUCGCACGCCAUCGCAGCUACGACGCACUUCCGCAGCCAAAAAUCUCCACCAGCUCAAGAGGCGUCCUUGGUGGAUGUAAUGCAUGAUGCAUCAGGUCUCUCUUACUUUAUGGAGUUCAUGGACCGUCAACAACUCAUGUUUCUCGUGCAAUUCUGGAUUGUCGUUGAUGGCUUACGCAACCCACUCGAAGAUGACUUUGGUGAUGAGACCUCCCCAAGUUCCACGACAUGGACGGAAACAGAUAAAAGUGACAUGGCUUUAAUCAGUGAAACGUAUCUGUCGAAACCUCAACUCAAAGUAACGGCCGAGUCGCGUCGAGCUGUGAAAACCUUCUUGAGCGCCGGGAGGCGAGCUACUCCGGAGCAGUAUCGCCAAGCUCGGACAGUAAUAUUGACUACUCAAUCUGCAGUGCUGGAGGAACUACAGAAUGUCUAUUACCCCAAAUUCCGACAAUCCGACUUAUUCUAUAAAUAUCUCGCCUCGGAUGAAACAUCUCAUUUUGAACCUCAUACGGCAACUGUAGCACAUGAAGAUGUCGCCCCUACCACGGAGAUAUCCGAGAGACGGCCACUUCCUCCAUUGAUGGGCCGUACAGCAUCUCAUCCUGGGUUCAAAUCGAAAGACCUGCGCAGGGCCGCCGUUUCCUCUAGUGAUGUACGGACUGUGGGGAAACUAUUUGACGAUGACGAUUCUCCAAGACGUUCCUUGGAUUCCGAGCGGUCUGCCCCGUUAUUCGAUGACGAUUACGACACAGAUCCUCUUGCGAUGUCAACGCAGAGCCUUGGUCGCGACUCACAGAACGGCGAGAACGAAGCGAGUCAGAAUCAGGUAAUUGAAACUAUGGAGGCUGCAUUGAACGAUAUCAUUACGAACGAGCCAAAAAGUAAUAGAUUAGAAGAGCUCAGAAACAAUGAUGUCUCGUCACCUAGGCUGUCCAGCAAUGAUCGAUAUCCACAAUCACCUCCUAGCUCUCUGGAAUUCACACGAGUAGACGACAAGACUAAGCCCAACAUCUCGUCUCUAGGGUUGGUGGAUGAAUCUUCGCGACUGGGUGUUUUUGCUGACGAUCUCUUUCCCGACCAUCAUAAAUUCAUUGAGGACGAAUAUGAGGAACCCGCUGAAAUAGAGGACAAAGAUCCAGCCGACGAGGUCCAUGAAGCCGCUCCUGGAGAUCUUGGCUUGACGGAAGCGAUCGAGGCACUAACGGUUGAGAUUGAAAAACUUGGAUCCCAGGAAUCAGUAGUUGAUGCCUUGACGCGGAAAGCUGAGCUCACAAACAAUACUGCAGAACUCAGAAUUCUACGAAAGUCAAAAGCUAGCAUCCAACGGGAAAUCCGCCGCAAGGACAUGCAGCGACAACAGUACAUGAUCCAAGAAAGUGACAACAGCUUAUAUGGUCGUUCGACUGUUCGAAUUACAUCUAUUGUUGUGGGGAAAGAAGAGGACGGUCGAGAAUUUGCAAUGUACGUGGUUGAAGUGCAAAGGAAUGCCGGAGAACAAAUGCCAGCGGCAUCCUGGGUUGUUGCCCGCAGAUACAGUGAGUUCCAUGAACUUCACCAUAAACUCCGCAUGAGGUAUCCAUCGGUGCGGCACUUGGAAUUCCCACGGCGACGGAUGGUCAUGAAGCUUCAACGGGAGUUUUUGCAAAAGCGGCGCCUAGCGCUAGAGGCGUAUUUGCAGAAAUUGCUUCUCCUUCCAGAGGUUUGCCGAAGCCGUGACCUACGAGCCUUUCUCUCCCAGCGAGCCAUCAUCCCACGCGACGAGACCCCUCGUGAUGGAGAGACUAAGGACUUAGUGACCCGAAUCUACAAUUCGGUUGCUGAUGGUAUGGAUGAUUUCCUGGGCAACUUUGGUGUACUCGAUCAGCUCUCGACAGCAGGGCAGAAUCUCAUCUCUGCAGCAACUAGCCAGCAAGCCAACACUGUAACUGACACAGGGCUAGCGACCGAGGAUGUCGUGACUACAGCCGAAGCUGAGGCAGAGCUGAACGCAUUUGAGGAUCGAGAACUGGAACCAUUUAUCAAACCGAUUUGCGAUCUGUUCCUAGAGGCCUUCGAGUUGAACAAAGGCAACAACUGGCUCCGGGGCCGUGCAGUUGUCGUCGUUCUCCAUCAAUUACUUGGAGGAACCAUCGAACGGAAGGUCCGCGAAGGUGCCCGAUCCCUGGUACAGGACGAAUCAUUGCUUCGAUACAUUGGCGUAGUCAAGGAAUCCCUGUGGCCAGGCGGCGUCCUACGUGAAAAUAGAAUUCGAACGACAUCAGAGCGACUGAAAAGUCGCACCGAAGCUAGCCUGGUCUUAGCCACCUUAAUCCCGGAUAUGGCGGGCAAUGUAGUCGGACGGACCAAUGCUCAGGGAGCCGCGCGGAGAAUCUUUGCGACUCUGAAUAACCGGCGCCUCAACACUCACUUGAUGUACACUAUUUUGGAUGAGAUUGUAUUGGUGUUGUUCGGUGGUGGUGAAACGGGACGGAUGCGAUAA